GUUUGAUCGAUAGAACAAUGUCCUCGUAAUUCCUUUAAUGCUGCUGUAUAAUAUUUAAAAUGAUUAAUAUUUAAAGACAAAACAAAUAAUGUGUCUGUGCCUUGGUCCCGCAAAGUCUGGAAAAACUUUGCUGAUGAAAAGAUUACAAGGUGAUGAAAAAAUAGAUGAUGCAUCUCAUACUGUUCCGACAAAUGGAGUUAAUUUGUUUACAAUAAAAAGUAAAGAUGGACAUUUUGAUAUUAUUGUUAGAGAAAUUGGCGGCAGUAUGGCACCCAUUUGGCAUCGUUAUUUUGACAGGGUACAUAAAAUAAUUUAUGUAGUAGACGCAAGUAAUUUAUGUCAAAUAAGUGCUGCUGGUGUACUUUUAUAUUCAUUGCUUGUGGAACCAAAACUUCAGCACGUUAAAAUUUGUUUUGUACUUGGAAAAAUGGAUUUAUCAUAUCGGCAAAUGCGUAAUGAGGCAUUGUUAAUGCUACAUUUUAAUCGUUUAAAACGUGAAGUGAGUCAGAAGAUAACGGUAAUCGAAGCUAGUGGAAUGACUGGUCAAGGCAUUGAGCUUUUACGCGAUUGGAUAUUUGAUCCAGAGACACUGAAAGCCGUUGGAUCAACUGGUAACGCUGCAGCUGCGGCUGCUGCGGAUAAUGCCAACGUUAUUCCUCCAAAAAAAUAA